CUGAGGUCGAUGCCAGUGAUAGUGGUGGAAUCGAUUUUGACGAUUUUCUCAAAGUCGUCUGCGGUCCCGACGUACUCCUUAGUAAACCUCGUCUUACUUCUCUAGAAGGUGGAGUAUCUUCAAAUAAAGUCUCCGCUCCUUUCCGAGCUGGGUCAGCUUCCACCGGGGAAAGUGGGUCGUUCGCUACGGCUGCAAGUCAAGAAGCGUCCAGCUCCCCACAUAAUGCGGUGCUUUUGCGUUCUGCUGACAGCACCAAAAGUAGCGUAACAACCAUCGCACCAAAAGCAGGGGCAUCCUUGGAGGAGGCACGACCAGCCUGCGGCGCAGAUGAUGUCUACCUACCGAUAACUGGACAGGACGAGGAUCCCUACCCGCCUCCAGGCGCUCUCUCUUCCUCAUCGGAUGAAAGUGAAGCCACAACACGACAAGAACUGGACGACAGAGGAGAAUCAGGUCGAGCAUCUACUUUGGGUAGUAUACCUGAACAAAAUCAUGAUGGCCCUUGUGCUUCUCAAGACGAUGUAGCAGAUGAUGAGGAUCGGGCACCCCAACCGCGCUUGAUGCGAGUGUCUUCGUUUGCCCGCAUAGGGUCUUUUUAUUACGGCUAAGAAUGAAAACGAAAAACAUUACCACGAUUAAGUACAAUCGCUAAAUCGCCGUGUUUUCGAAUUCGAUGUCCUGGGUACUAAUAACAAUGUCGUCCUCCAUUAUAAGCAUAGGAUGUUGUAGGAGCAAACGACCUAGCAGCGUGCAGCUGCUCUACUCAAUCACAUGUGGGACUUAAGUACUUCUGCAUACGUCCUCUAACACUAUGACAAGGAGAACAAGCUUGCUGCUCAAGCCGUGAAAGGCGAUUCAUCUUCUCGUCUAGGGGAAACGACAUCCACAACGUGGGCACAUUCUGGCCUGACGUUGGCAGAUUCGAGUACUAGCAGCCCAUGCGCAAAUAGUUUCACUGUCAGCCCAGUGGAAACACUACAUCCCUCAGACCAACAAGGCGUUGUUUCUGUCGACGAAUUAGAACUACAGGGCCUCAAGGACGACGAAGCAGGACAAGAAACAGCACGACGUUCAUCAACACAUGAGCAAAUGCUCACAAAAGAUACCGCAGUGCCGGCGAUGGGUGGAGAUGGAGAUCGUAGUUCAUUAGUACCCGAACAGCAGCAAGGUGACGAGCAGUACCUCUCUGGAUCUGCGGCAACUACAGGUGAUCUUCAUCUUCACAAUACGAUGCAUACCGCGGGUACAAGCGCAGAAGACGCUUUUUCGUUCGCAACCACAGUCCUAGGAGGCUGGGCAAGAACGUCAGCAUCAGUAGAAGAAGGUCCUGAUGCACAUGCAACGCAGAACAUGAUUGGCAACUUGGGCAGAGCCUCUGCUGCUUCAUGCGUUGCUCUAGAUGAGGAAGAUGGAACGGAGGACGAGCCAUCGGCCGAUGCACGACUCACUGCGGUCGCACGCUGCUCGUCAGUAUCAGACUGUGGGGACAAACAACAACAGAAACUGCUGAAAAAUCAGGGUAGUACUUUUAGUACAAACCGAGGUGUUUCCGCACUGUCUGGCGAUGGAAAGUCCUGCGGGUCCUCGGUAGUAUACAACGUCCGCAGUUGUAGUGCGGAUCUCUUAUCGAGGGAGACCGAGAUUUCGCGAGUCACAUGCAUAUCUUCGACCACAAAAAAGAUGUCGCAAGACGAGUUCACAGACCGUGUGUCAUCGAUUGUUGGUGCGAUCGCAACGUCUUUACGAGACCAGGGCGACGAUGAGCCUGGCGCGUCAACGUACCACUAGCAAAUCAGAGUGUGCGUAUGAUUUGUCGCAAAAAAGAAUUAUAGGAUUUAGUUUUUUUUGAUCUUGAUGAAGAAAGGCUAAAAAAUGUCAGAUAAUAUUGGCUUCGUCUCAUAGUACAUCGAAAAUUUCAACUUCGAAUGACAUGCUCACAAGAAGAUUCAUAGUGGAUGGAGUAACACUAUGCCAAAACGCAAAAAAAAAACGCUGUUUUGUACCUUAUUCGUUUCAGAAUGAAAUAAAUUUUCCAUUUUGAGACGAAUAUUGCCCAGCUAAUCCCUGGGCUUUAUGUACGUUUUUUGGCUAAAAAACCACUUUUCUAUGUUCGUUUUUUGGCAUAGUUUUCUUCCAUAUCGUAGUGGUUUCUUAGUUUAUAAGGAUCGUUUUUAUUGUGGAAGGUAACUUCCAUGUGAACUGAUUUAAUGAACAUCAGAAUUUAAAUUUUUUAAUUUGGGAUAAAAUUAAAAUUUUCUUGUUUUUAUCGAAAUUUCAAAUCAAAUUUGGAAAAUGAAUAUUUUGAUUUCCUCAAUAGAAGAUACAUGUACGUCGGCGAAAGUUUCCAUCCAAUUAUUGUAAUUGAAUCAGAAUUAGGUUUGUUAAGGUACCGAAAGCGAAAUUUGGUCUUCAAUUCCAUACUUCCUCUUCAGGACACGAAGAAAUGCCUCGAUUGUUUCUCGUGCCACUGGGCAGAAAACGAGCCAUGAAGACCACGAAGCUGGCCUUGUGAAAGGCUCCUCUCUAUUUAAGGCUUCACACACGAAGAACUACUUACAUUACCUCCUAGCGCAAACCAACGUAUAGCCAAGAAACCAUAGCGCAGGAGCGAUGCUGGUUCCUUUUUGUCAGCAUGCACAUCUAAGUACGUUAAGCAUGCAAAUCCACUUCCUCUAAUGUGGCAGACUCAACGGGUACGCGGACAACUUCGCCUGGCACAGCGUGUUCACCAGUUGAAGUUGCGACUGGUGCAGCGUCUUCGGGGGGUAGCAGCAUGAUCGAAUCUAGCAGCGCGACUGUCGAGGAGCCUACGUCGUCUGCUCAUUUUCCUUCAACAGCCGCUCCUCACAAACAGCACAAUCGAAAUAAAUCUGUUGCUGCUGUAGUGGAGGAAUACACGCGUUAUCGUAAGGUCGCAUCGCUCAUCCGCGUCCAUCAAAACUAUGUCGCUAAUGCGUCAGGGGGAAGUGGAAGCCGCAUUCGAACAGCCGCAAACUCACCUGCAACCGAUUUAGUUGUAGAAGAAGGAUGCGAAGAGAUGAAAGUUGUAGUUGGACAAGUAGGUACAACAACAACAACUACAACAACAACAACAAGUCAACAAGGCGAAUCCCAGAUAGAAGAAGAUGCGGACACAAGUGCUGGAAGUACCCGAGGAGGUGCUGAUGACGCCUUCCGUGCUGAAGCCGCAAGAUCUUCUAGGAGGAGGUCAACUAUUGACAGGGGAGCAGACGCCAACAGUCUCUUGCCACGCAUGCGCUCGCGCAGUUUAGAAGUAUUAUCGGACGAGGCGCAGACAGUCGCGGUACCUCCGCGACUCUCGCUGCAUAAUGUGGCGUAGACUUUUUUUGUCGUUUUGUUUCAGCAUCAGCAUCGAUGUCGAGCUCAUAUUAUUCGUUGAUGUGAAAGUAAAGUAGAUUUUGUCACAUGAACUACAAGACAGUAUCAGGAGGUACUGCCAGUAGAUAUUUUUGUUCGACGAUGAUGUCAAUGUUGACAAUCUUUCUUGAGACGCGACCACGCAUAUUUGCACAUGGCAAACUCUGGUAUUGAUGGGGCAUGUAGCGCAUUUUCGUAUUUUGUACGUGAUUUGUGCAACUUGCCUGAUGAAGAUGAACCUCUACAUCAUUUUCGACAAAAAUAAAUCCACCGAC